AUGAUGAUGACGAACAAACUCAAAUUCAAUACAGAUUUGUUUUCAGUAUUGCUCUGUACGGUUUCUUUGGCGGAAGCAAGGCCAAGUGGGAGGGUGCAACUUGCAAAUGAGUCUGCUGAAACAUCAGCAUUCUCCCCAUUGAUUGGAAGAAAAGUGAGAACUAGAUGGCCUGAUGACAACAAUUUUUAUGACUCUGUUAUAACAGAUUACAACCUCAUUGAGGGUCGACAUGCACCAGUUUAUGAUAUUAGGACAGCUAAUGAGACAUGGGAGUGGGUUAAUCUUGUAGAGGUAAGUGUAGGAAGUUAA